AUGGAAAAACUGAACGCGCAGAGUGUUACAACUAACAUUCUUUUGCGUACCAUGGGACAGGAAAAGGUUGUGGAAACCCAAGUACUCUCCGAUCUGGAAGUGGCUGAGUUACACAGUGACAAGUUCAUGGCUCUUCCAGAAACCUUUUCACAAGAAGCAAUACCUAUCUGUACAAAUCGUAUUCCUUCUCAAGAGGACAUUAAAAGAUGGGAUUAUCUGAAAGAUAUUAAAAUCCCAAGUUUGGAUGUGGAGGUGGGACUGCGAAUUGGGGCUAAUGCAGCAAAGCUUAUGGAACCCUGGGAGGUUAUAAACAGCCAAGAGGAUGGACCCUAUGCCAUAAAGACUUUAUUGGGGUGGGUCAUUAAUGGUCCCUUAAGGGCAAAUGUGAAAGGUUGUUCAGCCAUUUAUGCAAACAGGAUAUCCAUUGUCAAGUUGGAAGAGCUGCUGAUCUCUCAGUAUAUCCAGGAUUUCAAUGAAAAGAGACUGGAGGAAAGGCUGGAAAUGUCACAAGAGGACUUGAAGUUUAUGGCUAUUUUAGAAAGAUCUACAUGUCAGCUAGAUGGUCAUUUUUGUAUGGACUUACCCUUUAAGGAAGAUACCAUCACCAUGCCAAACAAUAAAUCUGUUGCUGAACAACGGUUGAAGAGCCUUAAACGGAGGUUUGACAGAGAGCCAAGAUUCCAAGAAGAGUACACCAGAUUUCUCACAGAGGUGAUUGACAACGGCUAUGCAGAGGCAGUACCAACGAACGAGAUUACUGGUGAAGAAGGUAAAGUGUGGUACUUACCUCAUCACGGUGUUUGCCACCCAAAGAAGAAGAGCCUAAGAGUAGUCUUUGAUUGUGCAGCAACCUUUAAGGGAAUUUCUUUAAAUUCAAAGCUCCUUCAAGGUCCUGAUUUGACAAAUCCCCUCUUUGGCGUUUUGACAAGAUUCAGAGAAAAUCCUGUUGCCUUGAUGGCUGACAUAAAAGCUAUGUUCCACCAGGUAAAGGUCUCAAAGAAACAUCUAAAUUUUUUCCGUUUUUUAUGGUGGCCAAUGGGCAAUUCAUCUGUAAACCCAGUGGAGCACAGAAUGAAAGUGCAUUUAUUCGGAGCAGUGUCCUCACCAAGCGUUGCUAACUAUGCAUUGAGAAGGACAGCAGUUGAUAAUCAGAACAUGUUUGGAACAGAAGUAACAGACACAGUUCACAGUAAUUUCUAUGUAGAUGACUGUUUGAAAUCUCUGGCCACAGAAGAGGAAGCGGUACAGAUGGUUAAAGAUCUAACCGACUUAUGUUCAAGAGGAGGAUUCCACUCGUCAAAAUGGACAAGCAACAGCAGAACUGUAUUAUCUUCCAUCCUUGAAUCAAAUCAGUCCAUCAUGACAAGAGAAGUUGAUCCUGAACAAGACAGCUUACCAGUGGAGAGAGCGCUUGGACUACAGUGGUGUGCUGAGAAUGAUAAGUUCAUUUUCAAACCAGAAAAACAAGAAAAGGCACACACCAGACGUGGAAUACUGUCAGCUGUAAGCUCCAUUUAUGAUCCCCUGGGUUUUCUUUCACCCUUUACUUUGUUGCCAAAGAUUCUGCUACAAGAAAUGUGCCGGCAAAAGAUGUCAUGGGAUGAACCAAUUUCUCAAACACAGCUGCUACAGUGGAGUACAUGGUUGACAGAUUUGAAGAAGGUUGAAAAACUUGACAUUGAUCGCUGUGUUAAACCUAAAGGCUUUCAAGAACCUCUCCAUAUGCAACUUCAUCACUUUGCAGAUGCUAGUGGGCACGGAUACAGCACUGUGUCCUACUUGAGACUGGAGAACCAAGAAAAAAAGGUUCACUUGGCCUUCAUGUUGGGAAAGGCAAGGGUUACACCCUUGAAAGAGACAACAAUUCCCCGACCCGAGCUAACUGCUGCAGUCUUAUCAACAAAAGUUGACAGAAUGCUACGCAAUGAACUGCAUUUUGAGCUUCAAAGGUCACUAUUUUGGACAGAUAGCCAGACAGUGUUGAAAUAAAUAAAAAAUGAAACUAAACGAUUUCACACUUUUGUGGCUAACAGAGUGGCCUAAUAAGAGACGCUACAGACCCUGAACAGUGGAGGUACAUUAGCUCAAAGGACAAUCCUGCUGACGAUGCCUCUAGAGGUUUACCUUUGGACAGUCUGUUGAAAAAUAGCAGGUGGUUCACAGGUCCACCUUUUCUCAGACAGCAUGAAUAUGACUGGCCUAAACCCUUUCUGUUGCAACAGAUUUCGGCAGAUGAUCCAGAGGUCAAGAGAGACAUCAUAGUAAACGUUGUCACUACUGUAGCUCAAGAUUCAUUAAUAUCAUUUGUGGAUUAUUUCUCUUCAUGGAUAAAGCUCAAAACUUCUGUGGCUUGGCUCCUCAAGUUUCGAGAUGUUCUCCUGACUUUGAGUAAAAAGAGAAAAGUAAUUGUUACCACUCCUCUCGGGUCAUCAGAAAUGGUAGAGAAAGAGUUGUCAAAGAUUAAGUCUUCACUUGGUGGCCAAUCAUUGACUAUUUCAGACUUUUCCAGAGCAGAAACUGCUAUAAUUCGUUUCAGUCAACAAAACAUCUUUAAGGAAGAAAUCAUUCUUCUGGAAGCCGGGACAUCAUGUGUCAAGAGGAGCAGCAGUCUCUAAAAGCUGGAUCCCAAGCUUAUUGAUGGCCUACUGAGAGUAGGUGGAAGGCUGAGGCAUGCAGCCUUACCUGAAGAACAAAAGCAUCCCGUGAUGCUCUCAAAGAACCAGCAUGUAUCCAAACUUAUUCUACAGCAUGUACACCAAUGUCUUGGACAUGCAGGAAGGAAUCACAUGCUUUCAACCUUGAGGAAAAGGUAUUGGAUUACAAAUGCUAACUCUGCCUGCAGAAAAAUAAUAUCAAAAUGUGUGAUAUGUCGACGCCAGAAAGGUCAGCCAAGUGAGCAGAAAAUGGCUGAUAUGCCACUGGAAAGGGUUACCCCAGAUUUACCUCCUUUUACCAACGUGGGGGUGGAUUAUUUUGGGCCGAUCGAAGUCCGACGAGGACGCACUGUGGUUAAAAGGUACGGGGUCAUCUUUACUUGCAUGACUAGUAGAGCUGUUCAUUUGGAAGUUUCCCAUUCCUUGACCACUGAUUCCUGUAUCAAUGCUAUAAGAAGGUUUUUGUGUCGCAGAGGUCAAGUGAAGCGCAUCCGAUCAGAUCAUGGAACUAAUUUUGUUGGGGCAGAAAGAGAGUUGAAACAAGCUUGGGCUGCUGUUGACCAUGGAAAGAUUCAAAGAACCCUCCUUCAAAGAGACAUUGAGUGGGCAUUUAAUCCCCCAGCCGCAUCACAUCAUGGAGGUGUUUGGGAACGGCUGAUCAAAACGGUUCGAAAAAUACUUUUCUCCAUUUUGAAGCAACAGACGUUGGAUGAUGAACUCCUCCAAACAGUGAUAUGUGAAGUAGAGGCUAUUCUUAAUGAUCGACCAAUCACCAAGGCAUCCGAGGAUAUUAAUGAUUUGGAAGCUCUAACACCAAAUCAUAUCCUGUUGCUAAAAGGAAAACCUCUCCAGACCCCUGGAUGUUUCACUGAAAACGAUCUUUACAUCAAACGACGCUGGAGACAAGUUCAGUAUCUGGCUGACCUCUUCUGGAGUAGGUGGACCAAAGAGUACUUACCGAUGAUGCAGGAGAGACAAAAAUGGAUCAAGCCUCGACGAAGCUUUUCUGUUGGAGACAUUGUCAUCAUCAUGGAUCGUUCAACUCCUCGAGGAUUGUGGACUAUGGGAAGAGUUACCAAAACGUACCCAGACAAUGCUGGCUUUGUACGAACAGUUGAACUGAAGACUAAGACUGGGGUUCUAGAAAGACCAAUAUCAAAGAUCUUUCUACAUCAAGAAGCUCCAUAAGUUUUUGUAAUUGUGUAUUCUAUCACAAUUAGGGGCCGGAGAUGUAGGAGCCAUUUAUUUUGUGGGUUGGGCUUUCAUCUGUGGUGGUGGUGGUGUCGGGUGUGUCACAUGUGAUUUAAGUGGGUCCUCCGGUGUUUCGGUAUAGGUGAUUACGCAUGGGUGGCGGGAUGAGCAUAAGGUUUUUACCGCUCGCGACACAAUGGCACGAUAUACUUCCUUUUUGUGACGAUCAACUGGGAGCACUACUAUCCUUGGAACCGCAUCAUCUAAAACGCCAGCUAAUGCUUGUAAAAGAAAAUAAACAAGACUUUAACGCACGGACAAAAAGAGGUUUGAUUUAUGAAUAGAAGGGCGUCAGAAGCCGCCUCCGCCCUCACCCAGCUGGCUGACAACAGGAAGCAUCAGCACAGGCACUAAGGGGCCUUAAGUGUGCCAAGUAGACAUCCCCCACACCAUGACACCACCACCACAGCACAGUGGUAACAAGGCAUGAUUGAUCCAUGUUCUCAUUCUGUUUACGCCAAAUUCUGACUCUACCGUCUGAACGUCUCAACAGAUAUCGAGACUCAUCAGACCAGGCAACAUUUUUCCAGUCUUCAACUGUCCAGUUUUGGUGAGCUGGUGCAAACUCUAGCCUCUUGUUCCUGUUUGUAGUGGAGAUGAGUGGUACCCGGUGGGCUCUUCUGCUGUUGUAGCCCGUCUGCCUCAAGGCUGUGCGUGUUGUGGCUUCACAAAUGCUUUGCUGCGUUCCUCGGUUGUAACGAGGGUUAGGGCCUUCUAUCAGCUUGAAUCAGUCGGCCCAUUCUCCUCUGACCUCUAGCAUCAACAAGGCAUUUUCGCCCACAGGACUGCUGCAUACUGGAUGUUUUUCCCUUUUCACACCAUUCUUUGUAAACCCUAGAAAUGGUUGUGGGUGAAAAUCCCAGUAACUGAGCAGAUUGUGAAAUACUCACACCGGCCCGUCUGGCACCAACAACCAUGCCGCACUCAGAAUAGCUUAAAUCACCUUUCUUUCCCGUUCUGACCUUCAGUUUGGAGUUCAGGAGACGGUCUGGACCAGGACCACACCCCUAAAUGCACUGACGCAACUGCCAUGUGAUUGGCUGAUUGGAUAAUUGCAUUGAGGAGAAAUUGAACAGGUGUUCCUAAUAAUCCUUUAGGUGAGCGUACACAUAUAUCAUUUUUUCAUUUUAGAUUUUUGUUCUUGUAAAGCGCCGAAUGAUUUUCAUUUUAAAGGUGCUCUGUAAAAAACCUGUUUACUUCUUCUAGUCUUUGCUAGACCUGCAGCUCCACUUCUUACUGCUGUGAUUCAAGAGCCAGCUACUAACACAGCAGCAGCCCAAAUGACCACUGUUCAGUAGGUUGGUUUUCAAUCGGUUUAUAUAGAAAAAGCAUAGGAAUCCAACAGUUUAAGAUGAAAUUUUGGUAAAUUGCCUGAUUGACAAACUGCCAACCAGGGUUCUACAACCCCCAAGCUGCUUUACUGUCGUUCACACCCUGGUGGUGAUGAGCUGCGUCGUAGCCACAACCGCCCAGGGGCUCGAUGACGCAGGCACCAGCGGUCCCUCUGACCUAAGCACACAACAGGAAGGGCACUUCUCAGCCUAAAACCGCCCUGGACAGAGUGGGUUAAAUCAGCUCACCUGAGGGUAGUUGUUCUUCUCGCCAGCUCCAUGACAGAAAGUAGGUGCAUCCCUCAUAGCACUUAAUAGCAUGAGGUAAUGAAUUAAACAGUUCAAGGUGAUCUGUCAGUUACACAGGAACAACUGUUGCUGGACAUUUUUAACAUUUGUCUCAGUUUUAUGGUUUUUGUCAGACUCUGAACCAGGAAAGAGCAGCAGGCAGAAAACUCCGAAGCAACCAAUGACUCCGCCCCCUAGCCAAUCAGCUGGCCCAACCCAGCACUGCCAGGAACCUCAAUGGAGCAGGGACUAAAGCAUUGUGGAAAGAGUAGAGGGAAAUACUGUGUGUGAGUUCCUCUGAGUGGUGCUGGUGGAAAACCAGCUGGCGACUGCAAGAUGGAGCUAAAGGCUUCAACCUUCCGGUUCCAGGGCGCUGCUACCACCACUGUUAAGUACUUGUGCUUUGCUGUUGCAGGUACAGCGUUCUGCUAAAUCAGAAGUUUAGUGACUUGUCUCACAUAGAGCUGACCUUGGCUGUGCUAGACCUCGUAGAAGCAGCAGAGGGACAGUACCAGCUUGGACUCACUAAGGUAUUCCUAAAGGAGUUCCUCUAUCAGCAGCUUGAGGAGAAAUGGAACAGUACGCAGACCUGGGCUGCUGUCACCAUCCAGAGGAACAUCAGGGGGUUCCUCUGUAGGAAGAACUUCAGGUUCUACAAACAGAAGGCCAUCGUUAUCCAGAGCCACAUCCGAGGACACCAGGCCAGGAAGUACUUCAAGCGUCUGAGGCAGUCCUUCACCCAGUUCUGGGCUGUGAUGCUCAUAACUAGAAACACAAUCAAGAGACACCACUGGAAGAAGGUACAUGUUGUGUUGUGUCAUCGCUGUUCUUGUGACUCUUGGAAGCGUUGUCACUGGUUUUGCUCACUUUCCUGAGCUGAGCUCUUUGCUUCUCGUUCAUCUUCCUUUUCAAGGCUUGUUCUUUUGUUAUUAGCACUUUUCACACUGAAAAAAGCUAAACACACAUCAAGAAAACCACACCGCAGCAACAAUGGGACGCGGUCCUGUCCACAUGAGCUAGAGAUCAGUGGGAGAUUAGCUACAUUAUAACUCAAGCUAAUAUAGAAGCGCCAAGGGCAACCAGCACAACUGCAGCAUGGCAUGGUACCCAAGUGGAUGCGCAGGAGACGGGAAUGUGUGAAGCAGCUGUUCUCGGUCGAGAGAAGGAGAAGCUGGCACAUGCCUGGCUGGGCUGCCUCCAAAGAAGAAGCAGCAGAUUCGCAGGUCUCUGAUCGCAGGGCUGCUGCUGUUAAAGGGAGAGGCACGCUAACAAAACUCAGUAACCUCCUCUGCAGUAGUGACCUAGAAAAUCUUUCACCGCAAUGGACCAGCGGUGCUCCGAAGCCUCUGCUAGCUAUCCCUGUCAGAGUCUAGGGACCCAGCCAGCCCCACCAACACGUUACCUUUCAACCCAUCUUUGACCAAGCAGUGUUAUGUCAAAUUCACAGCAUGUAUCCCCAUCCAACAAGUGAAAUACAGAAAUAUAAUUUUACUUACUGAUAAAAAUGAAGCAGCUUGGAUGACCAGUUAGUGCAAUCUAAACCACAGCUUGCCAUUUAGGUCCAGAUAAUUCCAUGAUUAACAUCCAAACACGACCCACAGAGGGCACACUAAAGUUCAGUGUGAAAAUGGUGCAACAUCUAUUAAUGUGAGGCCUUCACCGGAGCUAGCUCCUAGCGCUAGCUCUGACAUGGCCGAUAACAAGUCAGUCUCCGCCUUGAUGCUCCUGUUUGGUGACAGCUCUUUUGCAUCUGCGUCCUAAGAGUAAUUUUUUUAGUAAAAUGGAGAAAUGUCAGUUUAAUUAUUUAGUUUAUUUAGUUGUUACCAGUCUCGGUUACCUUUGCUGCGCGGCGUCAUUUCCACAUUUUGCCAGGCUCAGCAAUCCUCAUACUAAACAAGCAUGCAGCGACUGUGGAGAGGAAAACUCCCUUUUAACAGGAAGAAACCUCCAGAGAAUCCUGGCUCAGUAUAAGCAGCCAUCCUCCACGACUCACUGGGGAUGGAGAAGACAGAGCAGACCAGUAGCGGUUUUAGGCACGGGCAGACAGCGCAGUUGCCCGGGGCGGCAUUUUUUCAUGACACAAAAGGGACGCACAAGCGCUGAGUAAAAAGUAAAAAAGAAAGAAAUCUGCGCCGCACCGAGUUUUUCUAUUCUAUCUGUCAUAUCACAGAGUCUGGAUUGGAAACAGCAAGUUGGCGCCCCCUGCAGCUGCAGGCGCUCCUGCUGACUGAGAGGGUUCAGGUGCUCCGUGCGUGUAUGAAGAAGAGGAAGGGGAGGGGUGUGGCGAGGGAAUUCACCUCUGGGUGGGUCCAAAUGAAAUGAGCGGGUAGGGGCUGAAUCAACUGUGUUAACAUGGCUAAAGUCAGUCACAUCUCGAUGUUCUUCCAUUUAACGCACAUUUCAUUCAUAAUAUCAUAAACACAGGCCUAUCAUUCUUUCAGGUUUCUCUGAAUUGUGUGAAAUGGCCGAAUAAAAAAAGGAAAAACAAAACGAUUUUGUGGUCAUCCCCCCAUCAAGGUCAAAUAGUUUAGUCCUGACUAAAGGAAACUUACUGAGUCAAGAGCCAAACAGAAGAGAUGAACAUAAAAAGGCUAAAACCACCAGGUGCCCGA